AGCGUGGCUCCUCUAACCAACGACUCUUACCCACCCAGUUUAAGCAGACUACGUAAAGGAAAUCGGGAUUAGGGUUAAAUCUCUAGUUAUUGAUGGGGAGAGAGAUGGACGGAGAGGAAGAAGGAGCUGUCGGCUUUCCUCAGAGCAAGCCUGGUGUCCUCCUCAUCGGCUGCCCCAACAUCGGCAAGAGAACACUUCUCUCUAGGUUACUUUCAAUUGAUAUUCCAGAUAUAUCUAACUUAUCUUCAGGAAUAUUUUGUCAAGGGUGGACUAUUGAGACCAAGUAUUACUCUGCAGAACUCUCCAUAUGGACAGCCCAUCUUGAUGAUGGGAUAUCCUUACAAAGGUUGCUGGCUUCCAAGCAAUUAGCAGCAUUGGUGAUGGUUUUUGACAUGAGCGAUGAAUCUUCUUUUCUUACUCUGAAGGAUUGGGUUUCUGGAAUUGAUAUUGGAAAUUUUCAAAUUCUAUUAUGCAUCGGAAAUAAAGCAGACCUAGUGCCUGGUCAUUAUGCCCAUACAGAAUACAGAAGACAUUUACAGAAGAAGCAGGGAGAGUUGACCGGCGAUCCUGAUCCUGAAUUUUGGGAUUAUGGGAUUAGUGAAACUGAGAGCUGCAGCCUAUUGGGGAAUGAAGAUCUUUCUGUUGAAAUAAAAAAUUCAUGUAUGGUGUGGUGUAUUGAGCACAACAUAGAGUAUAUUGAGGCUUGUGCAUCCAAUGCGGACUUUGACAAAUGUUUAUCAGUUGAUGGUGAUGUCCAAGGUGUAGAGCGUCUUUAUGGAGCUCUUGCAGCCCACAUGUGGCCUGGAAUGAUCUUGAAGUCUGGAAAUUUGAUCAAAUUUCCUGAUCUUGUUGAGAGGGAAGAUUUUACAGAAGAUGAAUCCGAUUAUGAGUUUGAAUAUGAAGUCUUAUCCGGAGGUGCCGGCGAACCUUGGGAUAGCACAUAUGAUCCAGGUGCUUCGUCAAGCAUGCUUAAGACAGACAAAAUUGAUUCAGAAUCAGGUGAAGAAGACGGCAUUCUAGGCCCUAACAACCAAAUCCAUAGGAACGAAAAUGUGGAUCGAGCCGCUGUCGAUACCGAAUCUGAAGUAGCAACUGAAAGAGAACACGAUGCUGAUAAAGUCCUUUUUGUUGAUCAAAAACUCGAACAAAACACACAACAAGGGCAGUCAUCUAAUUCAGACGAAGAUUUACAGUUUGGUUACGACGAUCUCGAAAGGUUGAUGGGCGAAAUUGGCAAUAUUCGAGGCAACCUGAGACUGAUGCCUGAUUUCCAAAGGCGCGAAAUGGCGGCGAAGCUGGCCUUGAAAAUGGCGGCCAUGUUUGGAGAAAGCAGUGACGAGGAUGGCCUCUGAAUUGUCUCCUGAAAUUUGGUAGCAGUUGAGUUCAGGAUGGAGAGUCAACUGCUUAAUUUUUUUUGACUGUUUUGAAAAGAUGAUUUUUUUUUUUUUUUUUGUCAGGAAUAGAAAUUGAAUUGAUCUUCUCCUUUUAUUUCGGAGCGAAAGUCAAAGCUUUUGCGGCGCUGACGGCACUGCAAAAGUCGAAUCUCUUUCUAUUUGAAUCAGUUUUACAUUUCAUUGAUGGGAUUGAUGGGUUGCUCCGGGGCAGUAUUUAUUUACAUGUCACCCACUUCUUAUGUAUUUAUGCAUCUAAAAUCUACCAUAUUUUGUGCUUUUCAUGCAAAAGUAAGGUGACAUGUAUGUAAGAAUUGAAGUUUAGAUAUUUAAUUACAUAAAAGUGAGGGGUAUGUUUUUGAUAUGUAAUAAGGCGACGCCUAUAUUAGACACGUAAAUAGAUAGGAAUUGUGUGGUGUGUAUGUAAACCGUCCUUGUUUCUUCAUGGAUGUAAAGGCAAAGUUCAGAAUAUCUGUGGGGUUUUGGGUAAAU